UUUAUCACAAGUUGUGGCAAUGCUUGUUUGGAAAAUAAAUGAAAGCCUUGAAGGAGUAGUAGUAGUUAAUGUACAAAGUUAAUAAGUAAUUUUAUCGUGUAAAGAGGAUGUCUGAAGGUGGUGGGAAAUCGCCUCUUCCUAUAGGUCCUCAGGAAGGAGUAUCAUAUCCAAUAACUGUACAGUAUUGUGGUAACUGUACAAUGCCAAUAGAGUAUUGUGAAUACUAUCCAGAGUAUGAGAAGUGCAAGCAUUGGCUAGAAAAGAAUUUACCUUCAGAGUUUGAGAAGGUGUUGAAACUAGGGGACAAAGAUGAUGGUGGCGGAGCUGGCGAGGAAGAGAAGAAACGCCAGAAACGUGGAGGCAAAGGCAUGAUGAAGGCGAAGAAGAAGGAAGACCUCCCCAAGCAGGUGUGCGUGUUCAGGGCACCGCGGGGCAAGAAGAAGUCUGUUACCGUGGUCACCGGCCUCAGCACGUUUGACAUAGACUUGAAGGUGGCGGCAAAGUUUUUCGGCACAAAGUUUGCUUGCGGCUCGUCGGUAACUGGGGACGACGAGAUUGUGAUCCAAGGAGAUGUGAAGGACGACCUGUUUGAUAUCAUACCAGAGAAGUGGCCCGAGAUUGAUGAAGACCUCAUUGAAGAUCUUGGUGACCAAAAAAGAUAGCCUGCUAUCGUCAUUUUAUUAGAUUGUCCACUUUCACGUGCUUGGUAUUGUCUGUACAUUAAAACUGUUACCUCCAAGUUCAGAA